CUGAGUUCCCCUACAUUUUUUCGUCCGGUAUUCGUUUGAUGGCCGUGACAAGUGGCGCUGUUAAUUAUAAUGGCGCGUCGAUCAGGGAAGUAGCCGACGACGUGAUGGUUCACGGCGAAGGGCCGUUUUGGGAUUCUGAAAACAACGUCUUGUAUUUUGUCGACAUUUCACAGCAUCGCGUUUACAGAUUUUACGAAAACCGUUUGGAACAUGUUCAAUUAGACGGCGAUGUGGGUUUUGUGAUCCCGGUUCACGGACAACAAGGUCUGUUUGUCAUCGGACUGGGUACGACGUUGGCUACUCUCCGGUGGAAUCUCAACGAGAGCACUAACAAAGUCGUUAAGCUGACCACCGUUGACAACAAUAAACCAGGCAACAGAUGGAAUGACGCAAAAGCGGACACUAACGGGUACUUGUGGGCUGGUACCAUGGGAUUCGAGGACGCCGCUGGAAAUAUCCCACCGGGGCGUGGGACUUUGUACAAGCUAAACGACACCAGUUGUUUCAAAAGCCUCGAACCCGUCUUACCGGGCGUUUCUGUUUCCAACGGGCUUGCGUGGAACGAUGGCAAUACAAAGAUGUAUUACAUAGAUUCGCCGACCAAGCAAAUAGCGGUUUUCAACUACAAUCCUGUUACGGCUUCUAUUUCGAACCGCAAAACGUUCUACGAUUUCAAGACUGAUAACAUACCGGGCGUCCCGGACGGUAUGACGAUCGACGCCAACGGUGAUCUCUGGAUUGCUAAUUACGAUGGUGCUCAGGUGCUGCAUGUGAGUGGAACCAGUGCAAAGUUGUUGGGCAAGUUGAAGAUCCCCGCCGAAAAGGUUUCAUCUGUCACGUUUGGUGGACCUCAGUUGGACAAACUGUACGUAACGACAAUUAGUCGUGGAGUGACACCAGAAAAAUUCAAUGAGUAUCCGUUGACGGGAAAGGUAUUAGAGGUUUCUGGUCUCGGAGUCAGAGGCACAAAGAAUAAUCGAAUACGUGAAAAAUGUUUUCGACAGCUGUAAAUGUUUACUAUCGUAAGCUAAAAAGUAAUUUGUGUUUUUCUACGAAAUGACAUGUCCUGACCUCCUUGUACAAAAAACAAUUCGUAAUAAUUGUAACGUAAUUUAGUAAAUAUUUAAUUGUAUUUUAAUUAUUGUCUUUGUGAUUUUGUCCGUGACUUUUAUGAUUGUAGUAUAAUUGUAAUACUUGCUUGCAUUGUCACCGUCUUAAUGUAUAUAAUAUGUACCUACUUUGUUAUACACUUAUACAUAAAUUAAAACAUUAUAUUCAACUACGUA